CAGGAUCUGCCCCCGGCCCCGCUGGGAUCCAGACAGGCUGCAGAAUGUUUUGCUCCAGCUCAUCCCAGCCUGGCGUGGGACAGGGAAGAGAAAUGGCUGCAGUGGAGUCAGUCCAGGGGCUGGUGACCUUCAAGGAGAUGGCUAUGUAUUUCACCAGGGAAGAGUGGGCUCUGCUGGACCCCACUCAGAGAGCCCUCUACUGGGAUGUCAUGCAGGAGAACUAUGAGACUGUGACCUCGCUGGGCCAGAGAAUAACAUCCAUGUUUCGCUGCAGAUCAUCUCGUCCUCCCAGGGACAAGGAAAUGGCUGCAAUGGAGCUGGCUCAGCCUCAAUAGGUCCCUGUGAUGGAAUGUAAGGCUACAUCUAGACUACCCACCGUAUCG